UGAAGCGUGCCAACAAGGAUCACUUCGAAACUCAAACCAGGGGAGACCCAUGCCCCCCGCCAGAAAGCAGCGUCGACGACGGAACAAGGCCUCGUCUAGACAAGGCAUGCGUGAGCGAGACGUCCCCAAGAGAAAGGACGCUGAAGCUGCUGCGCGCCAAGUGUACGCUGCUCGAAUCACGAGGGGAGUCAAGUCGCUCUGCUACCGGCGGGAGUCCCUCAUUGCCAGGAGAACAGAGCCCAAGGACGGCGAGUCUCUCAAGAGGCGUCUGGAGAAGGACCUGCGCAGCCUUCUAGGCGGCGAGACGAGCGUGGACCAUCACCGGGACCACGCGGGUGGCAGGGCUCAUCGAGCUUCGCCGGUUGCCCCCCGGAGGGCCUGUUACGGCAGUCCGGUCGUCGAGCGGGCCGCCUCUCCAGCGCCCUGUUCCGCUUCGUCAUCGUCGUCGUCGCCCGAGCUCGCCAGGAAGGAACGGCGCCGCCGCAGACCCCGGAAGAACGAAGGGACCCAGGUUUGCCUUUCCGGGCCACGUGACCGGAAGGGGGCGGGGCCCCAGCGGCGGCGGCUCCUCACCUCCCCGGCCAGCCAAGACGUCGCCUGGGUCGCGUCCACGUCCACGAGUCGCACGGCCGAGGGUCGUCCGGUGGCUCCACACACUGAUUACCGGGAAGAGAAGUGUGUAUCGGAGAGCGUGAAGGCACUCCAGGAGUCGGCCAACCUCCGACGCGCCCCCUUCUUGGCUGGAACAAGUUCACUGGAAGAAGUGAGACGCUGCUUUGCUGAUUUUCAGAUUCGCCACGACAGACACGCUUGCAAGAGGCGACCUGCCCCGAGUUCACCGUCGGAACGCCCCAAUCAGCCGCAAAACUUCCAGGAGGGUUCCUCGGCGCGUCGGAGCCUGCGUCGACAUGGGGGCCUCGGAGAUCCCCGCCGCAAGUCGGCUGGGUGGACGUGGCUUCUCAACGUCCUCCGCCUCGUCUGGACUGCGAUCUCGCCCAGGGGAUCGAGCGGACCACCAGGUCCCUGAACGCCUCUUUCGGUCGGGUCUCCUCCGUCCGGU